AUGCCAACAUUGAAAUUGCCCUUUGCCCUAAGAAGAUUUGGCGGGGCAAGCCAUCAUCUCUCUGCAGCUUCGCAGCUCCAACAAAUUCAAUCUACAUUGCCCAGCAUGGCGACCAAUCAGGCUUCCAAGCAGCCUGGCCAGAUCGAAAUCACAUCUCUGCCGGUUCCACAACUGCAGGAAUUGAAACAGCAGCUGGAUCGCGAACUCGAACAUCUCACCACCUCGUUCCAAUCUCUACGAACGGCACAGAGCAAAUUCAGCGACUGCUUGAAAUCAAUUGCACAAGGCGUGAAUACGAGCACCGCGGACAAACCGCUCCUCGUCCCGCUCACAUCGUCGCUCUACGUCCCUGGACGCCUGACAUCUUCCACACAUGUCCUCAUCGACAUUGGCACCGGGUUUUUCGUAGAGAAGAGCACUGAGGACGCUGCGGAUUUCUACAAGCGUAAAGUCAAGGAUCUGGGGGACAGUCUAAAGGAUCUGGAGCAGGUGGUCAACAGCAAGGCAAACAAUGUUAGGAUGGUGGAAGAGGUGAUUCGCGUGAAGGUGCUAAGCGCACAGGAAGGCGGGCAAAAAGAAGCCAAAGGGACUUGA